AUGGCGAAGGAAAGCGAGUCAACGCCUUUCAAAAAUAAUUUCAACUCGUCCAAGAAAACGAACGCUACCAAUUUGGCUAGUCCCACAAGUUCAGAUCGGGAGAAUUCGGAGAUUGGCUACCAAAAUAGCAGAAGCGAUUUGUUGAAGCAAGCGGGAAGUAGAAGGAAGAACAAGCACACGUUUUAUUCCUACUCGCGGAAGUUUAUAACAGUUUUAAACUACAUAUUUUGUAUCCUUGGAAUUAUAUGCGCUUGGGGAGCCAUAGACUCGCUCGUUCAGGACUCGCUCGUUCAGCUAGUCCUUUAUUCCGAGUUGUGGAAAACUCCAGUCAGCAUUUUGCCGUGUGGUUUCUGCUCAAACGAUUUGCUUUACGAAGUUAUGGUUGUGUCUAACAUGGCGGACCCUUCGAACAACCUUUUUGACGACUUGAGAAUAUGCUCGAGGGUGAUCGACUCGUGCGGCAUUGCGUGUAGCUCGGGGUUUGUGGCGGUGCCCUGGGAAGUGGAGGGUGGCGGGUUGAUAGGAGCUAUUCGUCUGGAGAAUCAAAUGCGGAAGCCACCAGUGAUAAAGCUGAAGGGACACACGUCAAGCAUCUUAGACUUGCAGUUCAACCCUUGCUUCAGUGAAAUAUUGGCAUCAGGUUCAGAAGACUUAACCGUGCGUGUGUGGCAGAUACCGCAUAAUGACGAAUCGGUGAAAGAAAUAAAAGAUCCACAAUGCAUUCUCAAAGGACAUAAAAAAAAAAUAUCCAUUAUAGAUUGGAACCCUAUGAACUAUUACAUUAUGUGCUCAAGUGGUUUCGACUCUUUUGUAAAUAUAUGGGACAUAGAGAAUGAGAAGAGAGCCUUCCAAAUUAUAAUGCCUAAGAAAUUAUCUUCCUUAAAAUGGAACGUGAAGGGUAAUUUAUUAAGUGGUACUUGUGUAGGGAAGUAUAUGCACAUAAUCGAUCCCAGGAAGAAGGAAAUUGCUUCAAGUUUUCACAUCCAUGGUGGUGGCAAGAAUACCAAGAAUAUAUGGAUCGAUGGCUUAGGUGGGGAUGAUAAUUACAUUUUAAGUACAGGUUUUUCUAAAAAUAAUUUAAGAGAAAUGAAACUGUGGGAUUUAAGGACUACAACAUCUGCUUUAGUGACCAUGUCCAUAGAUAAUGCAUCUGCUCCUUUGAUCCCACAUUAUGAUGAGAGCACUGGACUUAUAUAUAUUAUUGGCAAGGGGGAUGGGAACUGUCGUUAUUAUCAACAUUCACUUGGAAGCAUACGUAAGGUAAAUGAAUACAAGUCUUGUUCUCCAUUCAGAUCAUUUGGGUUUUUACCAAAGCAAAUUUGUGAUGUGUAUAAGUGUGAAAUUGGAAGAGUUUAUAAGAACGAAAAUAAUACUAGCAUCAGACCUAUUUCUUUUUAUGUGCCUAGAAAAAACCCAACAAAAUUUCAAGAAGAUUUGUAUCCACCUAUUCUGAUGCAUGAUCCAGAUAUUUCUUCUCGCAACUGGAUUAAUGGAAAGGACAAUAAAAUGAAUCGAAUAAAUAUAAAAGACUUAACACAAGAUGAGUUGAGAAUUACAAAAAAGUAUAAAUGCAUACCUCAGUCUUUUAAUAGCAUUAUUAUAGGGGAAGAGUACAUUUCAAAGAGGACUUCCAUCAUUAGACAGUUUACGAAGAAGUUCACUUUUUUUAAAAAGGGUCUCCACAAUGAUGGUUUUUCCUCUGUGGAUAGUUUCAAGGAAUCUGUUUUUGUUUACCCUAAGAGUUUUAAGGAGAAGUGGUUACUUACGGAGCAGGGCGGCGCACAGUUUUCUUCUAAGAAUUCCCUAGAGGGGAGUGCCGCUUUGGAGGAAGCUGCGAUAGCGGAAGAGGGGCAGCAGGAUGAGAACUUCCCUUUGGAGAGCGAACAGCCAUUCGAUGGGACCAGCAGCGGGACAAGUGAGUUGCCUGUACAUUCUGGAGACCCCGCUCGGUUGAAGAGGGGGAAGACCCAGCGGGACAGCGGCGCGAGUUGUUUCGAUGCACUGCGGUGUGCGCGUCUGUGCAGGAGGAAGGAUUUGUAA